AUGCAAGUGAAUCCUUUAGUUUCAGCGAAAGUAAGCGAAUCAACAGCAUCUAUCCAUUUAACCCAUAACUCUAAUUCUUCUGAUGAUUCUAAAGAAGUCAGUCCAAGUAAUUUGCUUAAAGCUGAGGACAAUUUUUACAAAAUGCUCUUGGAAAAUUGUGUAAAGGAUUGUGUGUAUUUUGAUAAAGAAAUUGAUUUCACAUACCAGUUGGUGAAAGAAACGAAUAAAGAAAUUGUUUCACAAUUAGAGGGAGAAAUAAAUAAAAAACAGCGGACCAUUCGAAGAAGUGCGCCUACUGAUCAUACCAUCUUUUCAACGAUGCACUAUGUCGCCACACAACUGUCCACUGAUAGAAAAAAAGUCAACCCUUGGACACCGAUAAAAUAUCGAAACACGACAGAAAUAUCCACACAGACUAAAUCAGCACCUCGAGUGCAAGCAUCGCCACGCAACCAUUCACUGAUGACACCACCCUUGAUACGCCGGUCGUUAUCAGACCGAAACACUGAUAGUCUGUGA